UUGAGCCCCGGGCACAGGCAAGGCGGGCAGGCAGGCUGAGGGCUGAGCCGGUCCCUUGUAGCCCUCAGCACUGCACAGCAUCUACCAGACCGGCCGGCUCUCCGGGGAUGGGAUCUGGACAUGGACACCUUCUCCGAAAGUGACGCCUUGCUGAGUCUGGGCUCUGUCAUCGACGUCUCCAGCCUCCGGGAAGUCACCAAAGAUGCCAUCGCUUCCGUUCUCCCCAAAGUGGAAAGAGUGUAUGUUUACCUCCUGGAGGGUGAAGCUCGGCUGACGUGCAACGACCCACCCCAUGAGUUGCCCCAGGAAGGAAAGCUCAGAGAUGCGGUCCUCGAGCAGAAGAGGGUGGCGUGUAACGGCCUUCCUCCGGCGGAGCUGCAGGGCAAGCCAGUGGCCGGCUUAGCCGCACCGCUAGCCCCGGAUAAACAAGUUCUGAUCAUUCCCUUGGUGGACAAAGAUACGGGGACGGUGGUUUGUGUCAUCCUGGUGCACUGUGGCAAACUCUGUGAUUCCGAUGAACUACACCUGCGUGCUUUGGAGAAGCAUAUUCUGGUGUCCUACAAGCGCAUCGAAGCUCUGCAGAAGCUCCCGCCGUGGCCGCAGGUCAGCCUCUCCACCAGCUCCUCACAGAACUCCGUGGCAAAAGCCGAGGGGACGCCCAAGAGCAGCAGCUACAGUGACCUGGACCGAAAAAUUCUCCAGUUAUGUGGGGAGCUCUACGACCUGGACGCUGCCUCACUCCAGCUCAAAGUCAUUAACUACCUGAAGCAGGAAACCGACUCCCCCUGCUGCUGCCUCCUCCUGGUGUCGGAAGAUAACCAUCAGCUGUUCUGCCAGGUCAUCGGAGACAAAGUCCUGGAAGAGGAGAUCAGCUUCCCUUUAACCGUGGGGCGCCUAGGAAAGGUCGUGGAGGAGAAGAAAUCCAUCACCUUGCAAGACAUCAGCUUGGAGGAGCACAAGCAGCUGAACAACAUGCUGGGCUUUGAAGUGACGGCCAUGCUCUGCGUCCCGGUCAUCAGCAGGGCCACCUCGCAGGUGGUCGCUCUGGCCUGUGCUUUCAACAAGAUUGGGGGAGAGAGCUACACAGAUGUCGAUGAGCACAAAAUCCAGCACUGCUUUUGCUACACCUCCACCGUCCUGACCAGCACCCUGGCCUUCCAGAAGGAGCAGAAGCUGAAAUGUGAAUGUCAGGCUCUGUUGCAAGUGGCCAAGAACCUUUUCACGCAUCUGGACGAUGUAUCGGUGCUGCUGCAAGAGAUUAUCACGGAAGCGCGGAAUCUGAGCAAUGCUGAAAUAUGCUCCGUUUUCCUGCUGGACAGAAUCAGCCACGAAUUGGUGGCCAAGGUUUUUGAUGGAGGCGUGGUGGAUGAUGAGAGCUACGAAAUUAGGAUUCCGGCCGAUCAGGGCAUAGCCGGCCACGUGGCCACCACGGGCAAGAUCCUCAACAUCAAGGACGCUUACUCCCACCCGCUCUUCUACCGUGGGGUGGACGACAGCACCGGCUUCCGGACGAGGAACAUCCUCUGUUUCCCCAUCAAGGAUGAGAAUCAAGAGGUCAUCGGAGUGGCGGAGCUGGUUAACAAGAUCAACGGGCCGUGGUUCAGCAAAUUUGACGAGGACUUGGCCACCGCCUUCUCCAUCUACUGUGGCAUCAGCAUUGCCCACUCUCUGCUCUACAAGAAAGUCCACGAGGCCCAAUACCGAAGCCACCUGGCCAACGAGAUGAUGAUGUACCACAUGAAGGUCUCAGAUGACGAAUACACCAAGCUUCUGAACGAAGGGAUCUUGCCAGUGUCGGACAUAGAUCCCAACUUUGCCAAGUUCACCUACACCCCGCGCUCCCUGCCGGACGACGACACGUGUAUGGCCACUCUGAGCAUGUUGCAGGACAUGAAUUUCAUCAGCAGCUACAAAAUCGACCACCACACGCUUGUCAGGUUCUGCCUGAUGGUGAAAAAGGGCUACAGGGACCCUCCGUACCACAACUGGAUGCAUGCCUUCUCCGUCUCCCAUUUCUGCUACCUGCUCUACAAAAACCUGGAGCUGGUCAAUUACCUGGAGGACAUCGAAAUCCUUGCCUUGUUCAUCUCCUGCAUGUGCCACGACCUGGACCACCGGGGCACCAAUAAUUCCUUCCAGGUGGCUUCGAAAUCUGUGCUGGCUGCUUUGUACAGCUCAGAAGGCUCCGUUAUGGAGAGACACCACUUUGCCCAAGCCAUCGCCAUCCUGAACACUCACGGCUGUAACAUCUUUGACCAUUUCUCACGGAAGGAUUACCAAAGGAUGCUGGAUUUGAUGAGAGACAUCAUCCUGGCCACAGAUCUUGCUCACCAUUUGAGGAUCUUCAAAGACCUGCAGAAAAUGGCAGAUGUGGGCUACGAUCCCAAGAACAAGCAGCACCACAGCCUCCUGCUGUGCCUUCUCAUGACCUCUUGUGACCUCUCGGACCAGACCAAAGGCUGGAAGACCACUCGCAAGAUCGCAGAGUUGAUCUACAAGGAAUUCUUCUCCCAGGGAGAUCUGGAGAAAGCCAUGGGCAACCGGCCGAUGGAGAUGAUGGACCGGGAGAAAGCUUAUAUCCCUGAGCUGCAGAUCAGUUUCAUGGAGCACAUUGCGAUGCCCAUCUACAAGUUGCUGCAGGAGCUCUUCCCCAAGGCGGCCGAGCUGUACGAGAGAGUGGCCAGCAACCGGGAGCACUGGACCAAAGUCUCGCACAAGUUCACCAUCCGAGGCCUGCCGAGCAACAACUCCCUCGACUUCCUGGACGAGGAGUACGACCUGCAGACCACGGGCGGCGACGAGAGCAAUGGGGUGAAGAUGAACGGCUGCCUGGACUCGGAAGACGGCCACGGGGAAGCGGAGCUGGAAGGGUGACGAGGACGAUCCGCCUCCUCACCUGGCACGGACCUGCGUGCACGCAAGUGCAGCUACGUAACUCUCGCCCCUCUGGGGACUGGACGGGGCUGGGUUUGGAAGCCAACGUGGCCCUUAUUUAUACCGUGAGCGUGCUCUCCCUCCCUCUCUGCUGCAGGCAUUUAAUUCCGUUCCCCGGCCCCCACCUGUUGCUCCAGCGCACUGACCCCACAUUCCCACGCUUUCCCCUCGCCUCCGACCUCGUGGACCAGCUUCAGCCGUUAACCCCGGAGCUCCGCCAGCCUGGCCUUUGUUCUUUGCUCCCUUGCGCGGUUGCGUUGAAUGAAUGCACAACCUUCCACCCACCCCCUUCCUUUGCAUCGUCAGCCCCUUGCAUCUGGCGGGCCAAGGCGUUUUGGGCGCACGCAAAGCCCUCCACGCCCUGGGGCCUCUGGGCCCGUGGGAGGAGAAAGAGGCCAGCCGCUGUGGUGGGAUUGCAACAGGAGGAGAAAGGAUGCCCUCUGCAAGACGGAAAGGCAUCUGUGGGUUUGACCGGCCACCCCCUGGCAUGGCUGGAGGAGGAGGAGGAGGGUUUUGGACGCCCGGGACAGGAUCUGCUUGAAAGGACACUCUCGAUCCGUCUCCUUCUCUCGCCUGAACUCAACGACCGACCCGGUAGUUUUCUGGAGGACGAAGAGAAAACUCUCCAGCUGUUCGCUACCUGCUCCUUCCUACCCUUCCUUUCUGGUUUCCCCUUCUGGUCUCUGAUCUGCACUCAACAAGUGGCGCGAUGGUGCCCGAUCCCCCAAAGGAGGCGCAGGAAUCUCUCUGUGUCUGUUCCCCUAACAAGGUGGGGUGGCUCCGUCGGUUUCCAGAGCUUCCCCUUGCUCUCUGGAAGGGCUGUCCAGGCUGGGCUGGGUGCGCGCUCAGAGUCCCAAAGAAUAGCCUGGACGUGGGGGGACGUGGGGUAGGAGCGUGCUCUUCCGCCUGAGAGCCGAACCCUUUUUUUGGAACAAGGCUGGAGGUGGUUGUGGGUCUGAUCUCUGGGGUGGGGAUCCUUCAGCCGUGCCAGGGCUCUGAGAACGACUACCUCCCCUGUAAAUCUCGUCCAUUUUGCCAAAACCUGCCGUGCCCAGUCCCAGAAAAUAGGAAACAUCAGCAAACAGGCAGGAGAGAGAGAGAGAGGAAAAAUUCUACCCUGAUGGAGAAAGGAAAGCAGAGAACAAAGAGGAGAUCUUUUUUAAAAAAGAGUGAGCGAGAGAGGGAGACUUCUUGGUUCCUCAGACCAAUAUCCAUGAUGGCUAAAAAGCCGGGGACAAAGCCACGCUGGAGGGCAUGAGAGCUUGCGAAAAUCCCACCUUUUUCAUGGAAUGGUCACUCCCCCUCCACACACACACACACACUAGAGCUUUAUGGCCCUUGUCCGCCAGGGACAGCAAAAAAAAAAUAAAAUAAAAGGGGGUGUUUUUUUUCCUUUAAAACAAAACUUCUG